UCCAGCAGGUGGCAGUAAUACAAGGCCAAGUAUAGCCACGGCAACCUGCAGGCGAGAAGCUUGUGAAUGGCUCGAUCGUUUCGUUAUUGAUAGUAUUUUUUCCCCGGAACCACGGUAGUGUUGAAAUGUGCUUUUAGCGGACGUAUCGUACUAUUUAACUAAUGAGUUGUAUAGUUCGAGCGCCAUGUUAACUGCAUGAUAGCAAGGACGACUGCUAUUCAUUUAGCUAAUGCUAACGGUGCUUGUUUUAAAGCCUCGUUUCGACAGGACUUCACAAUAACUAAACGUACAGCAUGGCGCUAAAGUCAGGAGAGGACCGUCUGAAAGAGAUGGAGGCGGAGAUGGCUCUGUUUGAGCAAGAGGUUCUGGGUGGACCGUUGCCAAAGGCAGGAGGUCCACAUGUCAUGGAGGCUGUACCCGUUGCUCUGGCUGUCACGGCGCUGCCAGUCGUCCGACCAAUCAUUGGCACCAAUACCUACAGACAGGUACAGCAAACACUCGAGGCCAGGGGAGCCUUUGUCGGACCUCCACCACCGACCUUUGUUGGGCCAGUCCCUCCAGUACCUGCCCCCCCGCCUCCUCCGAUGAUGAGACCGGCCUUUGUUCCCCACAUCCUGCAGCGGCCUGGUCCUCAGAGGAUCCAUAUCAUGCCUCCUGCUGCGCCUCCUUUGCCACGGCCGCCCCCACCUCCGCCAAUGAUGAUCGCCCCUUCAAUGCAGGGCCAAACACCUCAGGGUGUCUCGUCGCCCAUCCAGCACAUGGCUGCCGCACCCCCGGUCAGCGAUAUGAUGUCCAUGGUAUCCUCUCCACCCACAAGACCGGGAGUCCCGUCUCCCAUCAAGUCGGCCCCGACAGUCUUCCAGGCUGCGCCUACUGUUUACUCCGCCCCUCCUGUCACGGUCGGACUCCCCAAAAAUGAUGUUCGAGCCCAGCGGCAAGCCAGAAUGGAGGAGCUGGCUGCCCGGGUAGCCGAGCAGCAGGCAGCAGUGAUGGCGGCAGGCCUCCUGGACAGGAGGGACAGCGAGGAGAGCAGUGCUGUCAUUGGACCCAGCAUGCCUGAGCCCGAACCUCACAGAGAGGUACACAAGCCCGUGGAAAGUUCAUCAGAUGACAAGAAGGGAAAGGCAAAGACGGAGAAGGUGAAGAAGUGUAUUCGAACAGCAGCAGGGACUUCCUGGGAGGACCCCAGUCUGUUGGACUGGGAGACAGAUGAUUUCCGUAUUUUCUGCGGUGACCUUGGCAACGAGGUCAAUGAUGACAUCUUGGCCCGAGCCUUCAGCAGGUAUCCAUCUUUCCUCAAAGCAAAGGUCGUGAGAGACAAGCGCACAGGAAAGACGAAAGGCUACGGCUUUGUCAGCUUCAAAGAUCCAAAUGAUUACGUCCGAGCCAUGCGGGAGAUGAACGGGAAAUAUGUUGGUAGCCGCCCCAUCAAACUGAGGAAGAGCAUGUGGAAGGACCGGAACAUGGAGGUUGUACGGAAGAAGCAGAGAGAGAAGAAGAAGCUGGGACUCAGAUAGUCUUCCAUUGGAAGAUGACUUGGAUAGAGUGUAUACCCUCCCUUUUUUAAAUAAAGUUGAAUCUUCACAUUUGAC